AUGAUUCCCAAGCACGACACAGAUACAAAGGAACAAACAGAGGAAUGGAAGAAAUGGUGCAGUGAGCUUUUAGAGACUGGCAACUAUUCUGAUCUCCGCCUCUCCAAGGGCAGCAAGAUCUAUAAUGCUCACCGCGCUAUUGUUUUCUAUCAUUCGGCGUACAUCCAGAACAUCCACACCCGAAAUGGCAAGAACCGGGCGCCAAAUGGUCAAUUUUUUGGCGAAUCACCCUCUUUCGCGUUCGAGGCUAAUCGCGAUACCCGAACCGUGGAUUGCGUUGUACAGUACUUCUACCGUUGGGACUAUGAAAUCCCGGGCCACGCCCGAGACGCGAAAGUCGACACCGGAAUGAUGUACAAAGAAGAUGCCUGCAACUCCACGGAAGAUGUCAUGAGCCUUGAUGGCUCUGACCUAAUUACCCAUGUCAGAAUAUUCGCUAUGGCAGACAAGUAUGGCAUACAUCCUCUAAAAUCUCUAUCGGUGGCCAAGUUCGAGGCAGCAGCCCAUCAUUUUGAGAAGACUGAUCACUUCGUUAAAGCAGCGCGGGAAGCAUAUGGAUCAGAUGAUGCUGUUUCGGAUAAUGCGAGAGAGAUGCGUGACUCCAUAGUUGAGUUCAUAUGCAAGCGACGGUACCUUUUACACGAAGACCACAUCAAGAAGCUCAUGCUGGACGAACCUCAGCUAAGCCUCGACCUGCAUCUGCGUUGCGCCCCCAAUCCCGUACACCCUAGCUCAUUUCAUGGACUGAGCACAGUGUUUCAUCAGACGAGGGGAUAG